AUGGAGUGUGUCGACUGCCGUAUGGAACGCAAGACGGGGGGAUACGUGGCGGGAGACUUGAGGCCGGUGGUGGAGGAGGUCAGAGCUGAGAAUGCCGGUAGUGGGUGGCCCCACAUUCAGCAUGUGCCCUGCGCCACCCAUGUUUUGGACUUGCUCAUGGAAGGCAGGGGAGCUGAUAUCGUUCGUGCGCAACCAUCAUUGGACAAGGUGUUACUUGAGGACCCCUGCCUCAUCCUCAACCCAACCAAUCAGGAGGAGGACAUCUUCAGCAGCAACGCCGAAUGCACCAAGAUUUUCAAGGCCUGCACCAACCAAGAUACGGAGUUCCUCAAGAGCUGUGGGAAGGGGGGAGGACCAAAUGAUGAGGAUGAGGAUCCAGCCGCAGCAGCUGCAGCAGCUGCCGCAGCAGCGCUACCAUUAGCAACCGCACAAGGGAGGCAGGAUGAUGGUGUUGUGGUGGAGAUGGAGGCAGCACGGCCAUACGUGUGUCGAGAGUACUCUCUGGCAGAGUUGGCCAAGGCUACAGGAGAGUGGGCAGAGGGGAACAGGAUAGGAAGUGGCGGCUUUGGGGAUGUCUACAAGGGUGUGUCGCCUCAUGAUUGCAAUCAAGCUUGGGCAGUCAAACGAGCCCGAGUACUCACCAACGAUUUCCAAAGAGAGGUGAAGGAGAUGGCAAGCAAGCACCAUCCACAUCUCGUGCGUCUGUUGGGCUAUUGUAUCGAUAUCGACCUCUCCACGAGACUCAUGGAGCAGGUUCUCGUUUACGAGCUCAUGCCCAGCAAAGACCUUGAGAGCUGGGUCGGUCCAGGUGUCUCCCACCCUCUUUCGCUGCGCCAAAGGCUGGACAUUCUGAUUGGAGUGGCAAAGGGGUUGCAGUAUCUUCAUGACUUUGGCAUUGUGCAUCGAGAUAUCAAGCCCGCCAACAUUCUCCUUGAUGCAAAAAUGCAGGCCAAGAUUGCAGACUUCGGGCUCGUGAAGCUGAGUGGGGGCACCACUAUAGGCGCGUCUGUGGCUGCCACUCGAGUGAUGGGAACACCGGGCUAUGUUGACCCUGCCUACUACAAGUCCAACAAGGCCACUCCAGCAGCAGAUGUGCACAGUUUCGGUGUGGUGAUGCUGGUGGUUAUCUCGGCGCAGAAGGCUGUGCAUGUGACAGGGGACAACCGGAUCAUUCUCAAGCAAUGGGUGGUCCCAUUCGUCGACUCAGGGGCCGUGGCAUCAUUCAAGGACCCUCACCUGGACGCACCAGAUGAUUUGAUGCUGCGCUGGGCCCGCCUUGCCCUGUCCUGCACUGCCAUGCCUGUGGCGUCCCGUCCCUCCAUGGAUCAAGUGCUGGUGGAGCUGGUAAAGCUGAAGGAGGAAAUAUAUGGGGCACACGUGAGUGAGGCCGUAUCGUGCAUCGACAUGGAACUUGGGAGUGCUAAUAGCGCCCCUUCCUUCUCUGCUGAAAUUGCUCGUGCAAAGCGCACAGGGAUGUAG